CUUCCCCUCUCCUCCUGCCUUGUGUCUGUGAGCUCCCAUUUCUGCCUACCCAGCCUGUAGCCGCUCUCUCGUCCUCACAGUCUCUCUCACUGAGUCUUACAAUGAAAACCUCCAGGCAAAGUACAUACUCUGUGCGCUCCUCCACUAGUAGCAAGGCUCCUGUCUACAGGGCCUCCACUAUCCAUGGUGGGUCUGGUGGGAACCGCAUUAGCAUCUCCUCCAGCGUCCGCAGUGGGUUGGGAGCCGGUAUGGGAGCCGGGAUGGGAAUGGGAUCCGGGAUGGGAAUGGGAAUGGGAAUGGGCUCUGGAGCAGGGGGCUUCUCCAGCAGCGUCCAGGUGAGCGGGAACAGCUCCGACAUCAUGGGCAAUGAGAAGUUUGCCAUGCAGAACCUGAACGACCGCCUGGCCAACUACCUGGAGACAGUGAGGAACCUGGAGCAGGCCAACCACAAGCUGGAGAUUAAGAUCAAGGAGGCCCUGGAGAAGAGCGGACCUGACUUCAGAGACUACAGCAAGUACCAGGUCGUCCUGGACGACCUGAGGAAGAAGGUGUUUGAUGCCACCACUGACAAUGCCCGCCUGGUUCUCAACAUCGACAACGCUCGCUUGGCGGCCGAUGACUUCAGAGUGAAAUACGAGUCUGAGCUGGCCAUCCGCCAGUCUGUGGAGGCAGACAUCGUCGGUCUGAGGAAGCUCAUCGACGACACCAACAUGCAACGCAUGAACCUGGAAAGUGAGAUUGAAUCCCUGAAAGAGGAGCUCAUCCACCUCAAGAAGAACCAUGGAAAUGAAGUUACGGAGCUUCGUAACCAGAUUGCCCAGUCGGGAGUCCACGUGGAUGUCGACGCUCCUAAAGGACAAGACCUGGCUCAGCUCAUGGCAGAAAUAAGGGCUAAGUACGAGAAGAUGGCACUGAAGAACCAGGAAGAACUCAAAGCAUGGCACGAAUCUCAGAUAACAGAAGUGCAGACCCAGGUCAGCCAGAGCACAGAGGCCCUAAAGGGCGCCCAGACGGAGGUGAAUGACCUGCGCAGACAGAUGCAAACCCUGGAGAUCGAGCUGGAGUCACAGAGGAGCCUGAAAGCCUCCCUGGAGGGCACACUGAGGGACACAGAGAUGCGUUACAACAUGGAGAUCGAGUCUCUGAACACCAUCCUCCUGGGCUUGGAGGCCGAGCUCACACAGCUGCGUAACAACAUCCAGCUGCAGACGCAGGAGUACGAGGCCCUGCUCAACAUGAAGAUGAAGCUGGAGGCCGAGAUCGCUACAUACAGACGCCUGCUGGAUGGGGAAGACUUCACGUGCGUAGAUCAUUAAUUCUAUAAAUGACAGCUCCAGGACGCUCUGGAAGACCAGAAAACGGUGAAGACCAAAGUGAUGACUGUCACCCAGACCCUGGUGGACGGCAAGGUGGUUUCCUCCAGCACAGAAACCAAGAACCUUUGAAUACCAGAAGCAACCACCUCCCAACAAUUACUGUCACCGCAACGUAACAUUAACAUGUGAUUGGCCAUAAAUGAUCUGUUCUUUUUACAACACUAACCACAACUAGUCUGACUUCCUGGGUAUACAGCUUUUCCACAGGCUGAUGGAAAAAGAAAACUGGAUCAGAGGAAAACUAAAUCAUCUUUUAUUUAUUUCAUCACAAUUUAUUUAUGUGUUUGUGUCUUGACCUGCGGAUUUUUCCAAAGGUUGAAAAUUGGAGAACUGUAACCUUUUUUGGAGACAAACUAAUUACAAACAUUGAAUAUUAUAAAGUAAUCCAAAUACAUGCAAAAUGUUUUUUUGUUUUUUUAUAUUUCAUCAUCUUUGGUUUUUCUUUCUGUCCAGUUAAGUCCGCGUGUUGUACUGUGAUGUUCAGACAUUUCAAUAAAGUCCCUUUGAGAAAUGCA